AUGGAAUCAACCCCCAGUCGACUUCGAAAGCAAUCCUGGAGACGGGGAUCAUACCUCAUCUCCACCGACUCAAGUCUUAUUCCCGUGAAACGUCUCAUUGAAAUAUUCAACUCAGAUGACUUUUACUGGGCUGAUGCACUACCUGAAGCUGCCAUGAAGGAAAUGCUUGAUAACUCCUUGUGCUUUGGGUUAUACGACUGUCAUGAAUCACCAGACGAAACCCCCAAGACGAACAGUCCCGAAGAAACUGAGCGGAAGCUUUUGGGCAUUGCCCGAGGCGUCACGGAUUAUACAACAUUCCUAUACUUGACAGACGUCUGGGUGGACCCGUCAUAUCAGGGCAAAGGCCUUGGAAGCUGGCUUGUGAGGUGUGUGCAGGAGGUGAUUGAGUCUCUGCCCCAUCUACGGAGGAGCUUGUUGAUGACAGGGGAUUGGGAACGAUCGGUGCCAUUCUAUGAGAAGCUGAUGGAGAUGGAACUGUUUACAUGCCAAAAGGGCGAGGGACUUGCGGUCAUGGAGAGGAAGGGUUUGGGGCAUCCCAACUUUGGGGGCAAGGGUAAUGGAUAUAAGCGGUGA